AUGUCCUCACAAGGCCGCCGAACACAUUACCAGCCUCCAUGGGGCAACGCCAACAUCAUUGGCGUAGCUGGCAGCUCCGGGUCUGGCAAGACUUCUUUGGCGUUGGCUAUUGUGGCCUCCAUGAACCUGCCAUGGGUGGUAAUCCUUUCAAUGGAUUCGUUCUAUAAGUCGUUAACCCCGGAGCAAUCGGCAAAGGCUUUUCAAAACGAAUGGGACUUUGAUUCGCCUGAGGCCAUCGAUUUUGAUAUCCUGGUUGAAAGAUUGAAAGAGAUCAAAGCUGGUAAGGUUGCAGAAGUACCAGUCUACUCUUUCGAGAAGCACGCAAGACUCGAGCAGACAACCACAAUCUACUCACCCCAUGUUGUGAUCUUAGAGGGAAUUUUUGCCCUUCACGACCAGCGAGUUUUGGACAUGCUUGAUCUUAAGAUCUUUGCUGAAGCAGACUCUGACCUCUGUCUGUCGCGACGAUUGGUUCGAGACGUCAAGGAACGUGGUCGUGAUAUCGAAGGCUGCAUCAAGCAGUGGUUCGCUUUCGUCAAGCCGAACUUCUACAAAUAUGUUGCGCCGCAGCGUGAAAUUGCCGACCUUAUCGUCCCUCGGGGUAUCGAGAACAAAGUCGCCAUUUCCAUGGUCAGUGACCAAGUCCGGAAGACACUCAAGCACAAGUCGGCUCAACACCAGAUGGAGCUUCGACGCCUGGGCCAGAUCGCUGAAGACAGUCCGCUACAUGGCAACGCAAAGGUUUUGGAGCAGACCAGUCAAGUCAGGGGCAUGCAUACUAUGCUCAUGGACCAGAGCACUUCCAAAGAAGAUUUUGUCUUCUACUUUGACAGAAUGGUCGCGCUGCUCAUUGAGACGGCGGUGGACUUCAUGCCGUUCACACCCAGGCAGAUCUACACGCCGCAGAACAACAUCUAUAUGGGACUUAAGAAGGAAGGCGAAGUCAGUGCUGUAGUUGUCCUACGUGGUGGCAGUGCGUUCGAAACUGGCCUCCGACGCACGAUUCCAGACUGCGUUACAGGGAGAAUACUGAUCCAGACAAACUACCGGACUGGAGAGCCUGAACUGCAUUACCGAGCACUACCUCCAAACAUUGCCCAGCACAGUCUUGUUUUAGUAUUGGAUCCGCAGUUCUCGUCCGGUGCCGCAGCGUUGAUGGCUGUGCAGGUCUUGGUAGAUCACGGUGUUCCAGCGGAGAGGAUAGCAUUCGUUACCUACGCGGCUGGUCGCGUUGGAAUGAACCGUGUGCUUAGCGUGUUCCCUGAGAUGAAGAUCGUCGUGGCGAGGAUAGGAGACGACAUGGAGAAUCGAUGGGUCGAAACAAAAUACUUGGGGUGCUGA